CCGGGAGGGGGGAGCGAUGGCGUCCACAGACACGGCGAAGGAGGCGCAGCUCAUGGAGCUGCUGAAGAAGGAGGUGAGAGCGAUGCUCAUAGCUGCCAAGGAGGGCCUAACGCCGGCAGAGCUGGAGGAGCAGUACAUGGCCAUGGUCUGCAAACCUCUGCCCCUCCAAGACCUGGGCUUCCAGUCCACCUUGGAGCUGGUGAGACAUAUGCCUGAAGUUGUCCGAGUCUCUUUUUGUAAGAAUGGCACCCUUAUCCUCAAAGCCAUUGCAGAUGACAGCACCAAAGGCAUUGCCAAGCUGGUUGCCUGCCAGAAGGGAAGGACAUGUUCUAAGGCAUGGAAGAGAACUCAUCUGAAGGCAAAUGCUGCUUCUCCCUGUAUGAACUCUAAGAAUCCACAACGUUCCCCUCUGAGAGCCAAGACUCCAGUCCUGCCAGCAACAGUGAAGGCUGAGCUUCAGGACCUGCUGAGCUCCUCACCUCUUCUGCUCCAGGACUUGGACAAGGCCUUCCUCAAAUGCUUUGGCCGGGCGUUCCCGUACAGGCAGUACGGAUUUUCUUCCGUGCUUGAAGCCCUCAGGAGCGUGUCUGAUUUCGUUGUGGUUGAGCAGGCAGAGGCAGGUUCUUUGCUGGUCCUGAGGCAGUGCCUGGCAAAUGAGGCAGAGCAGGAAGAGGUGCCUCACGGUGAGGCACAGGAUGAAGAGAUGCUGCGAGCUGAGAUGCCUCCUUUGGAACCCGUCUGUGAGACAGAUAACUUCCACCAGGCAGCACUUCAUCAGAAGUGGGAGCCAGUGGAAACACAAGCAGUAGAUUUGAGUGAUCGCCUCGAACAACCUCAAGAUUGUCAGCAGUUGCUACCAAACAAGCUGACACUGACUGAAGAAAUCCUCCCAGAUGCUGUUCAGGACAGAAGCCUUUGCAGUUUACCACCUCUGAAGAGAAGGUCCUUGGUGGGAGUCGUCGUGGAAUUCGUUGUCUCUCCUACCCAGUUCUACGUCCACAUCUGCGGCAGGGAAACAUCCCACAAACUGCAGGAUCUGAUGUUUGAGAUGAGACACCUUUACUCACAUAAACUUGUCUCUGAUAAAUACAUCAUGCCUGACUCUGCAGUAAGGCCUGGGCAGCUCUGCUGUGUAAUGGUCUCCAAAUGGUGGUACCGUGUUAUCAUCCACCGUGUGAUCAGUGACCAAGAAGUGGAGGUGUUCUAUGCAGAUUAUGGACACCUCCAAAUUGUCCAAAAGUCUUGGCUGAGAUUCCUCAAGUGGCAGUACUUGAAGCUCCCUGCUCAGGCCAUCCCGUGUUCCUUGGCAUGGGUAAAACCUGUGGAGGGUACAUGGUCUCCUGCAGCAACUCUCCUGUUCAAGAAUCUCUGUGGCUCUAAGGAGCUUGUGGGCGUUGUGGAUGAAUAUAUGGAUGGUGUUCUGCACCUCUUCCUCUGUGACACAUCCACCAAGGAGGAUGUCUACUUCCACUCUGUCUUGAGGGAUAUGGGAUAUGCUGAUGUCUGUGGAGAGAACAUUCCUUCCCAGGAAUUCAAGGAACUGAAUCCUUUGGCCUUGUAUGUUCAGCCCAGUGGAGAGCAGGAGAAUGCUGAACUGGUGGAGCCAGACCUUUGCUUGCAGCAGGAAUCUCUGGUUGCAGAUAGUGAAACAACAUCCUCAAAGCUGGAUGGGGCUGAGCUGUGUGACCAGACACCUCAUUCUUUUGGAGAGUCCUCCGUGCCUGCUGUCUUAGUCAAGUCAGCGGAAGAUCUUUAUACCUCCUUUAUUUACUCCAAGCAACAAGCAGAAAUGAGGCAAGAUGACCCUGAUCAGAUAGAAAGAUUUUUGAGCAAGGCCCAGCUUUCUGAAGCUGUACAUCCUGCUGUUCUGCUCAUGGCAAUGCCAGUUGUGCUGGACACCCCUAACAGUGAAGAGAACAUGAAGAAUGAAGACCUUCCCAGGAGUUGGCCUCUGUGGAGCCAACCUCACAGACUCCAUGUCCCUCCUGCCACACUCUCUGCAGUGUUGGCAGCUGCACGAUUGGCCACUUCCCAUGCCCACUUCCAGUGGCUCCCCAGCCUAGGAAGGCAGGUGUGAGAAGAGGGGAGAAGCUGGAGCUGCUGCCGAGGAAGGCUGCUGGGAGCAGCACAGGCUCUCUCUAUGACCAUGCUGUUGGGUUGGGUUUUGUUUUCUUUUUGUUCACAAACAUUUAAUCCCUUGAAAAACUUUUUGGGUCUGACGUCUCAGGUGGACUAGGUGAUCUUUAAAGCUCUCUUCCAACCCAAACUGUUCUAUGAUUUUUUUAUUUUUUUUUUUUUAAUUUCAGCAUUUUGGGUUUGGUUUGGGAUGUGGAAGUGCUAAAAGUGCGAUAAGUGUUAAUUUUACUUUCAGGAAAAUAGUUUGGGUUUGUAUUUUUAAUUUCAGGGGGAUACUUUGGUUUUGUUGUACUGGUGGUCUACUGAGUUACUGUUCAGGAGAACAUCUAAAUGUAACAUUGUGUUAUAUAUCCUUUAAGUUUAGGAGAGGGAAACUGGCUGCCUAUCCCUCCCUCCCUCAGUGCAUGAGCAGUUUUGACAUUGGUUUUUAAGACAGUGAGUGCUCUACACACUCCUUGCUCUGAGGAGAGCUGAAGAAACCUUCCCCAAGAAGAAAGUGCUGUGAUUUUUUUGAAUGCCAUGUAUAACAAACCAUCAGGAAUCUCAUCUCACUAUAAAAUAAAAUCUGUAAAGAA